CUUGGAGGCCCCACCCUUUGUGUCUCCUGCACCGUCAAUCAAAAUAGAAAAAAAUUACUAGAUUCACGGUUUGCAGCCCGCCUUCGAUUAAUGUAACCAUGUUUGGCGUGUGAUAAUACUGAGAUUCUGCGAAAUAAAAUUAUUCACGCAAUGACUGCCCCAGAACAGCCAGUGAAACAAGAGGAAAUGGCUGCCUUGGAAGUGGACAGCAGUCAAAGCGACUUUCUGCAGCAGGACGGUGACACGGGAGAUCAGGACACUCAGCCGUCACCACUCGCUCUGCUGGCAGCUACCUGCAGCAAGAUCGGUACGCUAUCGUCAGAGGAGGAUAAUAACGGUGCUGCCGCUGUUGUGACAACAGACCUCACAUCCAUCCAGUUACCAGGGAACCCAGAUAGAUGGGAGGUUUUGACCCCAACAACAACAGUGAAGCAGGAGCCCGGCAUGGUGCACAUCCAGAGUCAAGGCCUAGUGACAUCAAACGGACAGUAUGUUCUUCCUCUCCAGACCCUUCACAGCCAGCCCAUCUUUGUGACAUCGGGAAGCGACGCUUCCGCCAACGCAGUGCCUAGCAUUCAGUACAUCCAGACAGCGGAUGGACAGCAAAUAAGCUUCUCCACCUCCAGCGUGGAGGGGGCCACUCUGAGCCAAGAUGCCACAGGGCAGAUUCAAAUCUUGCCCGACGGGACUCAAACUAUAAGUGUGACGGGUGCGUCAGCUGGAGACAUCCUGACUAACAACCAGAACCUCAUACCACAGACUGGUCAUGUCCAGCACCUGCAAGGGGUUGGCAUUGGCAACUCCACCUUCAACAACCACGCUCAGGUUGUCACUGAUGUGCCUAUGGAGCUGCCGGGGAACAUCACCUUUGUUCCCAUUAACAGUGUGGACCUGGACUCCUUGGGGCUCUCUGGUGCUCAGACUAUUGCGACCGGGGUUACGUCUGACGGCCAACUGAUUAUGACCAGUCAGCCCGUGGACAACUCUGAGAGUUUGGAGAAGACAGGAGACCAGCUCUCGCAAACUCUCUCUGUAAAUGCCUCGAACGCUAACGUGGACAUGUAUGUGCCAGCGUCCAACGCCCAGCUGCCUGAGACCGCGGAUGGGACGGCUGUUCUAUCGCAAACCGAUGAGCAGACGGACCCCUCCGGUCUCCAGGGCGGCUAUGUUCAACACAAUCAGCUCCAGAACAUCCAGGUGUCCUCAGGCCAGUCCAUCAUUCAGCUGCAGCAGGUGCCCGUGCAGAGCAGCGAUGGUCAGGUGGUACAGGCAGCUGGGGGGCAGAACGUUCAGCUCAUCAACCCAGGAACUUUCAUAAUCCAGGCCCAGACGGUCACAGCCUCAGGCCAGAUCCAGUGGCAGACCUUUCAGGUGCAAGGGGUGCAGAACCUGCAGAACCUCCAGCUGCCUACCAACCCAGCCCAGCAGAUCACCCUGGCCCCUGUACAAACGCUGUCUCUGGGCCAAGGAGCAGCGCAGCAGAUCCCUAACCUGCAGACGGUGACCGUCAACUCUUUAGCCCAAGCGGGCAUUCAGUUUCAGCAGGUGGAGGAAAACGACAGCCCCGGAGACAUCCAGAUAAAGGAGGAGCCAGACUCAGAAGACUGGCAGCUUGGCAGUGACUCCACUCUCAACCCCAGCGACCUGUCUCACCUGCGGGAUAACCUGGGGGACGAGGAGGACCAGCUGGGCGAGGGUGGCAAGAGGCUACGCAGGGUGGCCUGCACCUGCCCCAACUGCAAGGAGGCUGGGGGGAGAGGGUCUAACAUGGGGAAAAAGAAGCAGCACAUCUGUCACAUCCUGGGCUGUGGGAAGGUAUACGGGAAGACGUCCCACCUGCGAGCCCACCUGCGCUGGCACUCUGGAGAGCGGCCCUUCGUCUGCAGCUGGAUGUACUGCGGGAAGAGGUUCACACGUAGCGACGAGCUGCAGAGACACAGGCGAACACACACGGGGGAGAAGAAGUUUGUCUGUCCGGAAUGUUCCAAGCGCUUUAUGCGGAGCGACCACCUGGCCAAACACAUUAAAACUCACCAGAACAAGAAAGGAGGCAUAAACUCUGUGAGCAGCGGCGUGGUGGCCUCCAUGGAGUCCACGGGCUCGUCAGAUAGCAUCAUCACAGCCGGGAGCACCACCCUCAUCCUCACCAACAUCCAGCAGGGUUCCAGUAACGCCCAGGACAUCCUGGCCAAUGCCGAGAUCCCCCUGCAGCUGGUGACCGUGGCAGCUGGAGAAGUCCUGGAGAUGGCUGAGUCACAGUGACACUCGUUAACUCUCCAUGAACUUCUGCAUCACUUAUUUUCUCUGCUCGUUUUUUUUAUAUACAUAUAUACAUACAUGAAUAUAUAUAUAUAUAUAUAUAUAUAUUAUAUAUAUAUUUGAAGAAGAAUACUCCAAGUCCAUAAGUAGUCUUUACUGGGGCGGGGGUGAACAAUAGCAUUGACUGUGGUUCCAAUACAUACACACUGAAUGCCUUAUUUUGUAUCAUAUUGUGUAGUAAAAAAAAAAGAAAAAAAGAAAGUGGAAUGGCAUGUGGUUAAAAUACUGUCCGGUGUUUUCAUGUUUGAGUUAAACAUCUUAAAAGAAUGGUACAGAAAUGAGGAGAUCAGAUAUUGCCAGUCUAAAAUCCCUGGUUAAGUUGUGUUGUGACGAUGGCCAUUGUAAGGACUCUGUGUCAGAUUCCUUUAAGCAAACAUGUUAACAUCAGGUGUGAUACCGGUUAUUGUCGGGGAAAUACGUUUUUGCUUCUGUCCAAAUGUGUCUUCAUGUAAAUGUUUUAAUGUAAUCAAUUUUAUUUUUGUGUCCCGUCUUCCUUUCCAUGUUUUUGUCACGUGUGCUUGCCUAAAACCUUUCAGCAAGCUGUACCCCCUCCUGCUCGGUUGUGUCCUGGAUUAUACUGCAGGGGCAUAUGGAAACAAUCGUGUAUUUAACACUUUGUAUAAUGACUCCUUCUGAACUACAUUUGAUCUGAUGUUGUAAUAUGAAUUUCUGGCAAAUCAAGUAUUUUGAGUGAACAGUUAUUUAUAGUAAGCUUUGCAUAGUAACCUGGUUUUGUGGUAUCUCAAACUGCAAUCUCUUUAAAUUGCUUUUUAAUUGUGUAUAAUGUAAUAUUCAAAUGUUUGUUUUUAUAAAGCAUAAUUUGUAAAUGAUUCCCAAUUUAAAAGCAGUGAUUUUUAUAAAUAAAAAAAAAGCCAUGCUACGGGGUUGAAUUGCCAAAUGUGACUGUAAUCUCAGGGUGAAUUGGUCAAGCAGUUCUGUCAGAUUGCACAGUAGAGCAGUCCUCCCUGUAUCCCCUCGGGCCACUGUGGGACGUUGCGUAGAUGUUAUUUGAUGGACCAAAAGCUGAGGUGAAUUAUGCUGUCACCAUGUUACCUAAGCUCAGUAAGCGGUGCAUGUCAGGGUCUUCAGAAAACAACUCCCCUUACCUUGAUGUAAUAGUUAGGUAAAUAGAUGCAUUCUGCUCAAUCAGUCCCAUAAAAUACACAAGUGAAAUGGUGUCACUGUAUUGCCGAACACGGUACUCUGUUAAUCACGCUGUUCUAUUCACUUGCAGUUUGAUAAUGAUCCUUUUGUAUAAAACCUUUUGUAUCCUGCCCAUGAAACUGUGUUGACUAUACUCUCUUAUCUCGUGUCAGUAAAUGUGUAUGUCUUUGUCAUAUUACUUUUUGUUGGAGUGUGUUUUGACACCAUUUCCUGUAGUAAUGUAUCUGUGUUUUUUACCCAGAUUAUGAAGUACCUGCUGCUGGAAUAGUUUCUGCUAGUGAAUGCUUCUGGAAAGUUGUUUUCGUAAGGCCAACUAACAAGAGCAUAAUGUAAAUCGGUGAGAAAAACUAGUGUUAUGUAAAUGACCACAUUGGAGUACAAAGGCUAAAGUUUAGUUCAGUAAGAAAAUGGUGGGUUUAGUUCAUCGAAAUUAUUUAUAAGUUAUCAUAUCGUUUGUGGUAAUUUACAAAACACACUUUUGCCUCAGAUUCGCAUAUGCAAAGAAUAUCAAACAGUUUGAAUUGGGAAGGUUGUCAUGUUAGGAGUCCUCAUUUCCUUAUAAAAAUGUUGUAACAGUAUUCAUUUUGCUGAGUUUAUUUUCUUUAAAAAAAAAUGGCAAAACAAUUGUACAAUGUCCACUUUUUGAGGGCAGCUUGUUAUUUCAUACUAAAAUAACUAAACAUUUAUUAUUAGUAA